UUCAGGAGCGUGUUUUAACACCACAUAUGGAGUUAAAUGUUGAAAAGUGCGCCAUGACCCUGAUUCUACAGCACAAAGGACUUAACGUUUGUCGUGAGAACUUCUAUUUGCUGAAACAUCCAAGAACUCUGCUGACUUCUCAGACCUGACAGAGUUUGGUGCAUCCUCAAAUCAGACAGAUGGUGUUACUCUCACAACUUGUGAUUCUCCCCGGCCCGCAGUGAUCAGCUGAUGUACUACAAAUAUUUCCUCAUUUCUUGGAUGUCAAAAGACUUAUUUUGCAAGACUUCUCACUGAUGUUUGGAGCAGAGGUUGCUUCAAGGUUCCUGGAAAAAAUGGAACACCAGUUUAAAAAAAAAAAAAAAAAGUCAUCCAGAAGGCCAGGAACCUUAAAGAGACUGCUCUCCUAAAACAGCACCUAAAGCUGUACUGAAUGAUGAUCCAGAAUGGGACAGUGGCAUGGCUUCUCAACUUGUCCUGCUGGAUCUUCUUACUCCAAAAUCAGCUGGAAGAAAGCGGCCCAAGAAGAUCAGUGUUGGAGAGGCAACAUAUUGUAAUAGGGGGCUGACAGGAGCCAGUUUCUUCAGUGUGUUUGAGGAAGCAGAGGAGAAACUGGUGCUGACAGAGUCAAACAGACGAUGUGACGAGCAGAAGAAGAUGGAGGGAUGCCUGACACUUGUUUUACUCUCCUCUAUAAUCGCUCUAACCACAUCUGAUUUUGAGACUGUUAGGUUGGUUGGUGGUAACAGUCCUUGCAGUGGCAGAGUGGAGGUUUAUCUUAAUCGUCAGUGGGGAAGAGUGUGUGGUACUGACUGGGAUAUGAACGAUGCUUCAGUGGUGUGUAGAGAGCUGGGAUGUGGAAAGCCUUUAGAGGAUCUGGGUCGUGCUCACUUUGGACAAGGAUCAGGACCAGUCUUGAUGGAUAAUGUGGACUGUCAGGGAUCAGAGUCCACACUGAAGAACUGUAGAUCAAUAGAAUGGGGUGAUAAUAAUUGUGAAGAUGCCAGAGUCAGAUGCUCAGAAUCUACAAACUACAGAAGGUCAAGACUUGUUGCUGGGUCUCACCUGUGCUCUGGAAGAGUGGAAAUGUAUUUUGAAGGACAAUGGACUUCCGUGUGUGAUGCUGCCUUUGACCUGCAGGAUGCAGCGGUUGUGUGUAGAGAGCUGGACUGUGGGGCUCCUGCACAGGUGCUGGGUGCUGCUGCUUUUGGCAAAGGAUACGCUCAGAUUGGAUCAAAAGAGAUUCAGUGUAGAGGAAAUGAAUCCCACAUUCAAUUCUGUCCUUCAUCAAACUCACAUAAAACAAACUGCACUCAUGAAAAUGAUGUCGGACUCAUAUGUUCCGCUUACACAGAUCUCAGGCUGGUAGACGGUCCUGACAUGUGUUCUGGUCGAGUUGAACAUCAGUUUCUCAGUGAAUGGGGCACAGUGUGCAAUGCAUGCUGGGAUAUGAGAGCUGCCAGUGUCCUCUGUAGACAGCUGAAUUGUGGGAUCGCUGUGUCUGUUGUGGGAUCAGACUGGUUUGGAGAAGGACAAGGUGAAAUCUGGGCUGAUGUGUUUGAUUGUGAAGGGAGUGAAAGUAAACUCUCAGAAUGUUCCGUCUCUUCAUGGAGUCGAGCUGAAUGUUCUCAUAGACGAGAUGUUGGAGUCAUCUGCUCUAAUUCCUCUCUGGCUCUUCAUGAUGGUCUGGUGCGGUUGUCUGGAGAGAGACAGUGUGAGGGGGAGGUGGAAGUUUUCAUCCAUCAGGGCUGGAGGAGAGUUCUGCUGGACUCCUGGAGUCUCGCUGAAUCCUCUGUGGUCUGCAGACAGCUGGGCUGUGGCUCUGUGCUGAACUUCUCUUCAUCCAGUCCUGAACAUAGUCAUGAGUGUGUGAGGGGCUUCCAGUGCUCUGGGAGUGAAGCUCAUCUGGGGAACUGCAGCUCUCCACAAACUGUCAGCUGCAGCUCCUUUCCACAGCUGUCAAUCACCUGCCUUGGUCGCGAGUCCAUCAGGCUGGUGGGUUCUGGGGGAGACUGUGCAGGGAGGCUGGAGGUUUUUCACAACGGCUCAUGGGGGACAGUGUGUGACAAAUCCUGGGAUAUUAAAGAUGCCCAUGUGGUGUGCAGACAGCUGCAGUGUGGAGUGGCCCUCGGUAACCACCGGGUACCAGCCUGGUUUGGUCCUGGUUCUGGGCCCAUAUGGCUGGAUGAGGUGGCCUGUGAGGGGAAUGAGACGUCUCUGUGGAGCUGCUCUUCUCCAGGCUGGGGAAAACAUAACUGUCAACACGAGAAUGAUGUAGGAGUUGUGUGCUCAGAGUUUAAAGAGAUCAGGUUAACUGAGGGCUGUGAAGGGAAUGUGGAGGUUUUCUACAAUGGAUCCUGGGGUAAUGUGUGCUGGAACCAGAUGGAGAGAGACACAGCGAGUCUGAUCUGUCAAGAGCUGAACUGUGGAAGAUCUGGUGUUGUGUCUGAUUCUACACCAAGAGUGAACUCAGCUCCUAACUGGCUGGAUACAGUAAAAUGUCGACCACAUGACUCCACUAUAUGGCAGUGUCCAUCUUCACCAUGGGGACAGAAUGACUGUAGUGAAGACGAAGUGGCCAAAAUUACUUGUUCAAUGGAGGAGAGUGACGAGUCUCCUCGGAGUCAUCUGACAUGUUCAACAUCUACUCGCCAGAGACAGUGUUCAAAUUAUCUUCCUCUCAGACUGAGUGGAGGGGAGGGCCGGUGCUCUGGGAGGCUGGAGGUGUAUCAUAACGCUGUGUGGGGCUCAGUCUGUGAUGAUCAGUGGGACAUCAGCGAUGCUCAGGUGGUCUGCAGGCAGCUGGGAUGUGGAGUAGCACUGAGGGCUGAUGGGAAUUCAGUCUUUGGUGCUGGUGAAGGUGUUGUGUGGCUGAACAGAGUCAAGUGCAGAGGGAAUGAGAUUCACCUGUGGGACUGUACUCUCUCUCUGAACAACCACACUGACUGCUCCCACAAAGAGCUGGACUCACCUGUGCAGAUUGGUCAAUGUUCACUACUUCUGCCACAACAACAUCAGCUUCUCCUGCAGUGCGCUCAACAUUAGUCACUCUUCUACAAACUCCUCCAGCUGCGUCUCCCUCCGUCCCCCCAGUGCUUGUGAUUGUACUGGGAUUUGUGCUCUUACUGCUCUUAGUGUCACUGCUUAUACUGAUUCAGCGAAAGAGAGAGACAAGGAGAGGUAGAAGAGAUCAGUCAUUUGUUGUGAACUGACAGCAGGUUUGUCCGUCUACACCCACAGCUCUCUCUGACUGGUACACAGGACUACACAACACACUGACUCGAGAGUGACAAGCGGGUUCAUAUUAGGUGCAUUUGUAGAGUUGGAAGAGAUAAAGAACUAACUUAGUUCCCAAAACACAAUUUAUUUUCAAAUAUGAUGAUUUGAACGAUUGUGUCAGCUCUUUGAGUCAAUGCAGUUUAUUGAAAACUUCUGACUGUAAAACAGUUGCUAUAAAAAAAGGCCAGCAACAUAAAACAAAGACUAAACUAAACUGAA